UUAUUCGCUUCAGUUUCCGAUCGUUUAACUCGACGAUCGUUCGUCCCUAUUCGCCUAAACUCUAAUCGAACCGUUUUAAUAAAAAUCGUUUCUCUCUCGACUCGUACGAAGCUUCAAAUAUUGAAAUUGAAAAGUAAAAUCUUCGAUUAAUUAAAAGAACUUUUAACGCUACUCGUGAUAAAUCAGUGUCGUUAAAAGAAUAACAAAUUUCAGAAAUCUAUAAGAUUUUAAUUUAUAGGAAACCGUUGCUCGAUAUCAUGAAAUGUGGAGUUUCUUACGAAGCUUGGACAUUUCUUCAAUCUUUGUUAAUUAUAAAAGUAGUUCUCGGUGUCGAGAAACAUUGGCUUCCAAAUUUAGAAUGGGAAACGGCUGAAAAUUGGAUUGGGAAACGGAUACCUGAAUUAGACAGUUACGUGACAUUUCCCUUGGAUAUGAGACACGCAGUGGGAAUUGGAAAAUCGAUCGAUUUAAGGCUGUCUGGAAUCGAUUUACCUAGAUCUGGAUCUUUGGUCUUGCCCAGAAAUGGAAAAUUACAGUUGAGUGAAGCAGGAAAAUCAGCAAAGAAAAUCAGCCAGUGGUCAAGGUCGGGUCACCUAUUCUGGGCGGACCCUCAAAAUUGGGGCGGAAGUUCAAUAGCAGCGCCGCAUCUCGAGCAAGUACCAUGUCGCCAAGAUAACAUAGUACUUCCCAGAAAGAAUCAAACCUUCAGCGUACUUUUACCGAUGAAGAAUAUCGAAGUGAAAUCGGUGAGAAUGAUGGACGAAAAGCAACCCUAUAGAGCGUGGCAAUGGGCAGACAUGGUUCACAGUAGAGAGUUCGAGAAAGGAAUAUUCACAGUAAAAUACGUGGGCUACAGUUGCAAGGAGUGUCCCUGCCAAGACGAUCCAAAUGGCUACUAUCUGGAAGAAAUUUGUGCUAUUGAAAGACCAAAGUGUGGAUUCACGCCUUGCGAAUAUCCCAUAUGGGUGGAAGGUCACUGCUGUCGAUACUGUGGCGGACGACUGUCUUUAACAAACAAAGUACCUCUAUCAAUGGUUCAAGUAUUAACAGACGAGGCUUUAGAAAGAUACGCUGAAAAGCUCGCUUGGCACGUAAGACCUACCUGGAACGGAGCUAUCGAGGUUUUGAUAAAGAAGAAGCUCGACUAUUCGGAAAUCGAUAUCUUGGAAGCUACAGAAGACGCAAAAAGAGCGUUGCAAAGUAUGAAAAUCGAAGUUUUCUCUGCAGAAGUAACUGGCGCUGCCGUGCAAGAUAAUCGUAUGGCUAUUACGUUGGUUCCGUUUUUGGGAAUGCCAAUGAUCGUCCUUCUUCUUCUGUUCCUCUUCUUUUUAUACUUUGGCUACUCUUACAGACAUUUCCUGCUAGGCUUCUCGGAGAUCUUCUCUUCGAUAAGGGAUGGAAUUCGAGCGGACAAAACGCAGGGUAGCAAACCAUUCGGUUUUGCUCGAUUCGAAAAUAGUGCAGAGAGUAACGUUCAAAUUGCCAACAUCGCCAACGAACCAAAUCUCGAAGAUAACGAAGCGGAGGGAAACGAUCCGUCUUCCGGUGGAAGAUUCGAAAAUCCUCUGUACAGGUCGAGAAGAAAAGGGCGCAAGGAGGAUGAGGAGGUCUUAAAUAUGGAAGCUCCCCUCAGUUUAUCGACUCUUAAGCGUAAAGUGGAUGAUCAAAUUGAAGAAGCGGAUCUUGACACCGAUCAAUAAAACGAUAAAAAUUCUCUUGCUUUUCUCUUUUGGCAGAAAUUACAGAAUUUCACGGCGUAAGGUUAUGUUAUUUAAAUUUAAAUAUAAAGCAGCUUGUAUUACGUUGUAAUAUAAGAAACGAUUCGCUGUAUAAUCAUUCUUUUUCAAUAAAUGUUAUAACCGUUGUGAA